UGUUCUCCUUUGUCCUAUUAAAAGCCAAGGGGCGGAGGUAGAAGCAGUGCUUGCGCGAUCUCAUUCGGCAGUGAUAGUGAUCUGAGGAAUCCCGGGAGACCGACGAAAAAGAGAUUGAUCGAUCGAUCGCCCAUGACGCUCGGAGGCUCCGGUGGAUCCAGCGUCGUCGUUCCUAGGAACUUCAGAUUGCUAGAAGAACUUGAACGUGGUGAAAAGGGUAUUGGAGAUGGAACCGUAAGUUAUGGGAUGGAUGAUGGUGAUGACAUCUACAUGCGUUCCUGGACAGGAACAAUAAUUGGUCCCCAUAACACUGUACAUGAGGGGCGCAUCUACCAGCUUAAGUUAUUCUGUGACAAGGACUAUCCAGAGAAGCCACCCAGUGUCCGAUUCCACUCGAGGAUAAACAUUACUUGUGUCAAUCAUGAGACAGGAAUGGUAGAGCCCAAAAAGUUUGGCCUGCUUGCAAAUUGGCAACGGGAGUACACAAUGGAGGACAUAUUGACACAACUGAAGAAAGAAAUGGCAGCACCGCAUAACCGGAAACUGGUCCAACCACCAGAAGGGACUUUCUUCUAGGUCCAAUCAUGUUACAUUGAAGAUCUUGUGUGUCAAAAGUAAUCGACAGACAGACGGUCUUACUUUUAUGUUCAAGUGUCUUAUAUGAAGAUUUGUAUUAUCUGCUGAAGUUGGUGUUUGUUUCUGCCUACCUUGGUUAAAUUAAGCUUGUAGUGACUGUUGUGACUGCUUAUUUGAGUUGCUUGAAUUAUAUAUGCAUACCUGGAUCUGGUGCUGUAACUACAUCAGGCCAAACAGGAUCUAGAAGUAGUACUAAACUCUGGCAUUAUGAUGUGUUAUAUACUUAUAUGGUGUUGUGUUGUUUUAAA